GGUCCCCAGUUUAUAAUUAGUUCCGUCCGUCGAAGCAAAUCCCUUAAUCACGAAUCGACUCGGUUCUCUGGAUUUCUCCGACAGAAACCCAAACCCUAGCACCACCACCAAACCCUCGGAGCUCCUAGAUUAUAUCUGUUCUCGAAUUGAAUCGCGCGUAGGUUAGGGUUUUAGUGGUAUUCUCAAUCCGGUGGCAAAUUUGGGUUCUUUUGUUCUUAAUAUAAUCUCUCGUAAGGGGAAAAAUUCAGAGGAGAUGGGAAGCGCUGAUCUAGUCGAUGAUCGGACCUUCAAUGGUGAUUUCAGUGAUGGAGGAGUGGUGAAGUUGAAAGAGAUUGUCAUGGAUAAACUCAAGGAGUAUAUGGGCGAUUACACGGAUGACACUCUCGUGGAAUAUGUGAUAGUUUUGCUUAGGAAUGGGAGGAGAAAAGAGGAAGCAAAUAAUGAAUUGAAGAUAUUUCUUGGAGAUGAUAGCGAUUCUUUUGUGGCCUGGUUGUGGGAUCAUAUCUCUGAAAGUGGAGAUGAGUAUUUUAAUUCUCGUGUUGAGAAAACUACUGUAAAAAGCUCACUGAUAAGCAGUCAGAAUGAGGAUAAAGCAGUUGUGGUUAUGGAUUCUGAACCUGAAAAGGGACGAUCACGCCGUGGUAGACUAUGGAAAAGCCAGCCAACUAAUGUCUCUGAGAUUCCUCCUCUUCUGAGUUCUGAGGUUCAUAAAAUUCAUAACUAUGAGAAGGAAGAUCACAAACACCGACAUAAUAAGAGGUCUCCAUCUCCCCAGUCUCAAUCCGACAGGAAAAGGUCUAGAACUGAUGACUCGCGUAAUGAACAGAGGGAAGCUAAACCGCCAGCUAAACCUGAUGUCUCUCGCCGGCUGCUUCAGUUUGCUGUGCGAGAUGCUCUAGCUAUACCCAAGCCAGCAAAUAGUUCGACUGAAUCCUCAUUAAAACGUCUUCGUUCAGUGGUGUCCACAUCUACUCAAGAAUCAUCUGACCCCAACCCAGCUCGGAAAAUUCGAUCUGUUGCGAGGGUUGUGAACCCCAUGGCCUCUGUAAGGAAAGCUGUUGCCGAAGCAGCCGAAGAUGCCAAAAAACCAAAACCUGGGAGAAGUGUCUUUGACAGAAUUAGUCAGUCUACUUCUGAGACCCUGGACCGACAUAUGGUACUUGGUAAAGUUUCUCCUAAGAAUGAAGAAUGUAGGAAUAUUAGCGAUGAUCCGGAAGGGGUACAUCAUCAAUACACGCACCGUCUUGACAACAAUGGAGUGUAUGUUGAGAACAUGCCAACUUUUGACACUGGCUUGAAAUUUGCCUCUGAUCGAGGCAGACUCAGUUCAAGUGCUAAUUUUCCUCACCCGAGCACUUUCCUUGGGAACAGAAUUAACAAUCCAAAUAGUCUGCAGCAUCGUUUAGUCGAUGACCCUAAAAGAGUUAAAGGGAUGAAUUAUCAAAAUCACCUUACUGAAGGUGCAACCAGGCAAAAGAUAGCAAGUUUCUCCGGCAAUGUAGAUACAGGGAAAACAGUAAAGUUAGAGGGGCAGAUGGAAGUACCAGAUAUGGGUCUGCAAAGAUAUAUGGACGAAGGCAGAAUGGUUUCUAGUGAAACUAUCACACAAUCAGCUACGCAGAGUGAUACAAUAGGGAAUGGAAAUAUAAAACGUGCUGUCAAUGCGAAAGAAGAUUCAACAACCAAUAAAUCUGUUCCUGGGACAUUAUCCACGACCCGCCCGUUGGAAGAUGCUAGCUCUCGGACAAUCUUUGUCGCCAAUGUUCAUUUUGGUGCUACCAAGGAUAGCCUUUCAAGGCAUUUUAACAAGUGUGGUGAAGUGCUUAAAGCUAUCAUAGUUACAGAUCCAGCAACAGGACAACCAAGUGGAUCAGCGUAUAUCGAGUUCACACGCAAAGAAGCUGCAGAGAAUGCAUUGUCUCUCGACGGUACCUCUUUCAUGUCUCGGAUUCUCAAGAUUGUGAAAGGAAGCAGCGGGCAACAGCAGGAGGCUGCAUCAAGCAUGACAUGGUCUCGAGGUGGAAGAUUUGCAAGAGCACCCGCAUACUUUAGAGGUGGUGCAUUAAGAGGCCGUUCAGUUGCGAGGGCUGGAGGCAGGAGUAUGCAAUGGAAGCGCGAUUCAGCUGAGACUGGAAACAACAACGCUGUAGGUGUAGCCCCCAACAAUGCUCGUAGUCUCACAUACGUCCGAACAGAUUCAAAAUCAGACGAUUGAAAGACAAAAAUAGAGAGUCAAGAGCUUAGGUAAAAAGAAGGAAGAUGAGUUUCAUCAUCUCUGCCUUUCGGAUAUUAUUCUCAAAUUGGUUUUUUUCUUUUUGUCUCUUAAAAAAGCUACUCUAAAACUUUGUAUCGACUUUUUUUUUUUAUAAUGCUCUUUUAAAAAUC